AUGAAAAACAGUUUUCGUUAUAUUCAAGAAACAAUGCUGCGUAGCAGUUUAAAUCGGGCUCAGCUGAAUAGUGGGAUUGUUUUCGAAUGUCGUUCAACUUCUAAUACAUACCACGGCAAGGAGACACAUUUCUUUAUACAACUUGGGGAUUUGGGAGGAUUUCAACGUUUAGAUCGCAACAAGAAGUUGGCAUUUUUCCUGCAUGGCUGGAAUGAUGAAGGCAGCAAAGACUGGGUACAUGAAAUGUUAUUUACCUGGACAAGAUUUCAACCGGAUUAUACUGUUUGUGUUGUGGACUGGGGUAAUUUGUCACAAAAUGAUUAUAAAUCGGCCUCGAUGUCCAUAUUUGAUGUUGGCUUAACCGUGGCAGCAAUUGUAGAGUUUUUAGAGAAUAUGUAUCCAAAAUAUAUGUCAAGGAGUAAUGUCACAAUUGCCGGCUAUAGUUUGGGAGCUCAUGCUGCGGGGUAUGCUGGGUCGGUGUUGAAAGGUCAAAUAGAUCAAAUAAUUGGUUUAGAUCCCGCCGGACCAUUAUUCACACUACCGGCGGUGGUGUCAACCGAUUAUCGUUUGGAUGCAUCUGAUGCAAAAUUUGUGCAAGUUCUACACACCUCCGGUGGUACUCUGGGAGUUGGUGUAAAGUCGGGACAUGCUGAUUUUUAUCCAAAUGGUGGCACAGCACCACAACGUAAUUGCAAUUCAUUUAUACAACUGCAAGAUAUGCAAAAUACAAAUCCCAUUGCCUGUAGCCACUCGACAGCUGCCAUUUUCUUUAAACACUCAAUGAAUCCCGACUAUGCUUUUGUGGGUUAUCAGUGUGAUAGCUAUUGGAGUUAUUCCAGAGGUCUGUGUUCGAACAAUCGUAAUGGACGUUUUGGAAUACAUUCACAAAAGAUGGCCCAUGGUGAUUUUUAUUUCGACACCUUAUCUCAAAAACCCUAUGUACAAUCGUCGUCAUCGAGACGCCGUCGUCGCAAACCUAGUUAUAAAAUAAUUUUCGGCUAA